AUGACAGAACCCUGUUGCUACGGUAUGAAAUACACCCACAAUAGCUUUGCAGACAAUAUACGGAGCUUGAUCAGCAAGACUCACGAUCUCCAGUAUUAUGGCAUCACCUCGUAUCUGGAGAGCAUGGGUACCAUGCAUGUGUCUGUGCUGACCGAAGACGGAUCCGCUGUGUCUGUCACCAGCAGCAUCAACCACAUAUUUGGCUCCAAAUUCCUGUCUCCGAGCACUGGAAUCAUCCUUAAUGAUGUGCUGUUUGACUUCUGCACAAUAUCUAAUUUUGGUAAGGGAUCAGCAGGAUGCAUUUUACCAGGAGAGCAGCCUCCCUCCUCUAUGGCUCCAGUUCUGCUGAAGUCUCAGUCGAAGACACUGGUGAUUGGAUCGACUGGUGGGAAUAUGAUCACUACUGGAAUGGCCUCGGCGCUCAUGAACCACCUUUGGUUUGGAAAGAGCCUUAAAGAUGCAAUUAAUACUCCAGUUGUUUAUGUCGACUCUGAAAAUGCAGUAAAGUUUGAACCCAACUUUGAAAAGGAUGUAAUUGAGGCUCUUAAGAAAAAAGGACACAAUCAUCAACCAGCAACAAGAUUCUACAAUGUAGUUAACGCUGUGGAAAAGGAGGACAGCUGCAUCUCUGCAUGGUCUGAUGAAAGGAAAAAAGGCAAAGCAGCUGGUUACUGAGGCCAAAAGCCAGGGAUGUUAGUUUAGUAGCAUGGCUUUAAGGUUAUAGACACUCCUGCAGCCACAAAACUACAAAAUUGUAGCCAAUAGUGUGUAUAGUACUUAAAGAUCAUUAAACAAGAUGCUGAUUAU